CGCGCGCGCCUCAGACCUCCUCUCUCCUCCAUCAUGCUGGACACGCUCAUCUUCCUCCUGGAGAGGCUCUUCCUCCUCGCGCACGUCAAGCUCUCCAGCCUGCUGCCCCCCCAGGCGGAGGGCAGCGCGCGCUGCGAGCGCGAGGACCCCCCCGCCGCGGGCGCGCAGCGGUUCCAGCGCGGGGACCUGCUGGAGGUCCCGCGGACCCUCUUCACCCACUUCGGCAUCUACCUGGGGGAGAACCGGGUGGCGCACCUGAUCCCGGACGUGCUUCCCGCGCUCACCGCCGACGCGCGCCAGAUCCAGGAGAUGGUGACCAACACGCGCCUGCUGCUCGGCGUGCUCUCCAAGCGCGCCAGCGUGCGCGUGGACUCCGUGGAGGACUUCGCGUACGGCGCGCGCAUCCUGCUGAACGCCAUGGACGGCGCCGUGCGCCGCGGCCCGCUGCCCGCAGAGGAGGUGGCCCGGCGGGCGGAGCGGCUGCUGGGCGGCGUGCGCUACAGCCUGCUGUGGAACAACUGCGAGCACUACGUCACCUUCUGCCGCUACGGGAGCGCGCAGAGCCUGCAGACCGACCAGGUGAGCCGCGCGCGCACAGGUGCUGCGGGAGGGAGGGAGGUAGGGACGCGCACCCGGAACACCCCAAUCUGACCAUUGAUGAGGAACUUUAUGGAAACUUCUAAUAAUAAUAAAAAAACAUCUGGAUCUUCUCGGGAAAGCUUCAUGAAGCCUCACAAAAAUUAGAAGAUUCAUGAAGCUUCAGGAGAAUUUCAAUUAAAAUUUGAGAAACUCAACAGAAUCACCUCUUUAACUGGAUCUUCUCAUUAUUUUAUGGCCAUUCUCA